GGAGCGUGGCCUCGAGCGCGCUGGGCGGGAGGCGGAGGAUGUCGCGGGCUUCUCGGCCGUGACGUCCUCUCUCCCAGUGCCGGCGGCCCCGCGACGAUGGACCCGGAGCGGGUGGCGCGUGCCGAAGCGGGAGCCGGAGACACCGCGCCGGGAGAGGCGGCCGCGGCCUUCAGGGACUCGGCCCGGCAGAUGAGUAAUGAAAGAGGCUUUGAAAAUGUAGAACUGGGAAUCAUAGGAAAAAAGAAGAAAGUCCCAAGGAGAGUGAUCCACUUUGUUAGUGGUGAAACAAUGGAAGAAUAUAGUACAGAUGAAGAUGAAGUUGAUGGUCUGGAGAAGAAAGAUGUUUUGCCUACUAUUGAUCCGACAAAACUUACCUGGGGCCCCUACUUAUGGUUUUACAUGCUUCGGGCUGCCACAUCAACCCUCUCAGUGUGUGACUUUCUUGGAGAGAAGAUUGCAUCCGUUUUGGGCAUCAGCACCCCAAAAUACCAGUAUGCCAUUGAUGAGUAUUACCGGAUGAAGAAGGAGGAAGAAGAGGAAGAAGAAGAAAACAGAAUGUCUGAAGAAGCAGAAAGACAAUUCCAACAAAAUAAACUGCAGGCUGAUACCAUCGUGCAGACAGAUCAACCAGAAAAUGUGGUAUCCAGUUCGUUUGUGAACCUUAACUUUGAGAUGGAGGGAGAUUGUGAAGUAAUUGUGGAAAGCAAGCAAAAUUCAGCCUCUGUCCCACCAUAAAAUGAGAUGCCUAUAAAUCUUUAAACACUAAGGGGUUGUUUAUACCAGGAACUUUUCACAUUUCUCUAUUCAGUAGGACUUAAUACUGUAAUUUAUAUUUUAAAUUAUUAAGUUAUCUGAAAAGGGAAAAAAAUUCUUCUUCUUACUCUCUAGCAAAAGCUAAAUAUGAAAUUUGGAUUUUGUACUAUGUAGCUUUAUACUGUGUCUCAAAUUAGUGCUUUGGUUUUUAAAUGAUCCUUUAAAAAAUGAAGGACAUUUUAGAGCCCCAACUGCCAAUUAAAGACAGCUAAAUUAUCAAGUAUGUAUUAUUUGUACUUAUAAAGGAAAACACUAAACCAUGUUGCUGAUUAAGGCUAACUGAAACUGAUAUAUCUCCCAGUCACUUCAUACUAAAGAUGGUUUACUGUGUGUGCAAUAAAAAGAGCAAAAUUUAA